AGUCUUUCCUUAGUCUAUAACAAUUUAAAAUAAAGUAAAAUGCUGCUGUCUCUAAUUUAGCCACAUUAAAGCUAGUUUGAGACAAUGCAAUGUUGGUUUAUAAUAUUUAGAAGCCAAUGAAAAAUGCUAUGUGCAUUUAUUAAUUUUAUUAAAUUUUGUUCUGAAGCACAUCACGAUGGUCUGCAUAGAGGUACUGAAAACCAUAUUGUUAGUAAUUUAAUUACAAUAAAGCUUGUCUUGCUUGGACCAUUUACUGUUAUUUUAGAGGCAUUUCAACCCCCGUGGAAAUUACCUAGUUCUGUAAUUUUAAAACCAUUUUGAGUUAUUUAAGAAUCUGGUAGAAGACAGAAUUUGCAUUUUCACAAGUGAAACUAGUAGGUAGCUAUUUUUCUGUUGCCCUAUAAAUCAGUCGGCUGCAUUUAUAAGUAGGACUGAACAAGUCAUCUGGACCAUAGUGCCCUCAUUACUUUGUUGUUUAAAGUUCAAAAAUGACCAGUCCUUCUAGGAGUGUGGACAUGAAUAGAGGUGCCAUUGAGAGCCCCGCUCAUAAACCAGAGACACCCCGAUACCGCAGCUGGAGUAGCCUUCGCUUCACGAAAUGGAGAAGCGGAUCUCAGAGGGAAGCCCCUGGUGCCCCGUUCCCAAAGCCAGAAAAGAGGAGUGAUGUAACCAGAACAUUGUUCUCCCUGGUCAAGACUCACAAUGAUGAUUACACGGCAGACCCUGAUGGUCUGAUGGACACUGCACAGGUUGAAGGAGAGACUUUGGAGAACAUUCAGGACCAGUCCACCUACUUUGAAAGGCAGUUUUGCUCCAUGCUGCAGCCUGGGGUCAACAAGUUCUCUUUGCGCAUGUUCGGCAGUCAUAAAGGUGUUGCUGCUGAGCAGGCCAGAGUCAAGUCAUUUGGCGUGUGGAUCAUACACCCUUACAGUGACUUCAGAUUCUACUGGGAUAUUGUGAUGCUCCUGUUGAUGAUGAGCAAUCUGGUUAUAUUGCCUUGGGGAAUCACCUUCUUUGAAGACCAGAACACCUUGCCCUGGAUCACCUUUAAUGUCUUUUCUGACACACUUUUCCUAAUGGACCUGGUUUUCAACUUCCGCACGGGCAUUCUGGGAGAGGACAGCCACAUCAUCCUGGACCCUAAGCAGAUACGCACGCAUUACCUCCAGUCCUGGUUCCUAGUGGAUUUUGUCUCUUCUAUUCCCGUUGAUUACAUCUUUCUCAUCGUAGACCUGGAGGCUCGACACGAGUCAUCUGACGUGUACCGCACUGCCCGUGCUCUCCGCAUUGUCCGCUUCACCAAGAUACUCAGUCUGCUGCGACUUCUCCGACUGUCUCGGCUCAUUCGCUACAUUCACCAGUGGGAAGAGAUUUUCCAUAUGACCUAUGACCUAGCCAGCGCCGUGGUUCGUAUAGUCAACUUAAUUGGCAUGAUGCUGCUUUUGUGUCACUGGGAUGGUUGCCUGACCUUCAUGGUUCCCAUGCUGCAAGACUUUCCUCCAGAUUGCUGGGUAUCUAAAAAUAAUAUGGUGAAUGCUACGUGGCACAUCCAGUACUCUUACGCCCUCUUUAUGGCCAUGAGCCACAUGCUGUGUAUCGGGUAUGGUGCCCACCCUCCAGAAGGCAUGACUGAUGUUUGGUUGACUAUGAUUAGCAUGGUUGUGGGGGCUACUUGCUACGCCAUGUUCCUAGGUCAUGCUACUAACCUGGUCCAGUCCUUGGAUGCAUCACAUCGCCAGUAUCAGGAGAAGUAUAAACAAGUGGAGCAGUACAUGUCAUUCCAUAAACUACCAGCAGAUGUUAGGCAGCGGAUCCAUGAUUACUAUGAGCAACGAUUCCAAGGAAAAAUGUUUGACGAGGACAACAUCCUUGGAGAGCUCAGCGAUCCACUCAAAGAGGAGAUCGUCAGCUACAAUUGUCGUGGGCUAGUCGCCAACAUGCCACUGUUUGCCAAUACUGACCCUCAUUUUGUGACAGUAAUCUUGACCAAAUUGCAUUUUGAAGUGUUCCAACCUGGAGACUUUGUCAUACGUGAAGGAACUCUGGGCAGAAAGAUGUACUUCAUCCAGCAUGGGACUGUCACAGUCAUUCCACAUGGCAGUAAGGAGAUUAAGCUCAGCGAUGGAGCAUAUUUUGGGGAAAUAUGCCUGCUAACCCAAGGACGACGCACAGCCAGCGUGAGGGCUGAAACCUACUGCCGUCUCUAUUCUCUGAGCGUGGACAGUUUUAACGAGGUCCUGGAGGAACAUCCUCUGAUGAGGAGAGCGUUUGAGAGCGUGGCUGUGGACCGCCUGGAUCGAGUUUCACGCAGGCCCAGUUAUCAGCCUCCGCCUGAUGACUGAACUGAUUAGUACCUCCAGAGAGACUUUGCACCACAGCUGUGGAAAACCUAUAUAUGGGAAUGUAAUACUUGUUUUGAAUGAAUAACGUUUAGUUGAAAAAGUCAUCUCCAUCUGGUUUUAUUUGGGAAUCUAAUUUUAGAAAGUCAUUUUUGUUCUAAACCCUUAUAUGUAUGUCAUUUUAGUUUGUGUUUUUUUUAAACAUCUGUCAGUACACAGUGGUGCCUCACAGCAAACAUGGCUUGGGGUUUGAACCCCACUCAUUCAGCUGGCACCUUUUUUAGAUGGAGGUUGCGUUUCACUUUCUUUGACCACUCCUUUUUACGUAUUCGUCAUUCAUAGAGGACACUGGAAGAAAACACGUGCAACAGCUGGCUGGAUGAUAUAUCAUGUGGCUGUGAUUGAGAUGAUCCCUCAGGUCACAUUAAACCCUCACAUCAGGUUAGGGUUUAAUGCCAAUGCCCAGAGAGGAUAAGCCGCAGUGAUGUAAUGGCUCCAACUGUGCAGAGACAGGUUGGACUCAGUCAUACAUCUGUAUUUAAAUUCUCAGAAUUCACACGCAUCAUUUUUUAGAAUUGUUAAUUUGCAGACACAACUUAUCCUUUUUGCAUAGAACUGGAUUUCUGGACAAAAUUAUGAUUUUUUUUAAACUGUCUAACAAAUCAAAUUUCCUGCUUUGAAACCGCUGAACUAAAGAUGAGCUCAACAUGAAGUGGUUGGUAGGGUAACUGCUUGUACUAUAACAGCAAACAUGGAAAUUAAUCAGGUAUGUUGUAGUUUCCAUUUGUGCUACUAUUGCAGAAUCAUUAGCCUGUUUUAUCACAAAGUUGUUUAAAUAUGUAUUUUUACAGUUUAUUUUUACAGGCCAAUUUGUUUAAAUAAAUUUUUAAAAACCUUCAUUAUAAAAUAUCACCCAUUUUUAGUGUUUGAACUGUCACCAGCAAUGUGACACACUGUUUGAAUGGUUUCAGUCCACGCUGACCUUCAACGGGAUUAACAG